AUGGCAAGCAUGGCGCUUGUUCUCACAGUUUGCUUAUUGUCCUUCGUGCCUGCUCAGGCGUCGCCCUCCAACCACAACGAGUUUCUCCGGUGCCUCUCGACGAACGUCCCCAGCCAGCUCGUACAGACGGCGAGAUCGACGUCGUUCAAGCAGAUCCUGGUAUCGUCCAUCAGGAACGCCAGGUUCGUGGCGCCGGCCACGGCGAGGCCCCCGCUCUGCAUCGUGACGCCCACCAAUGCAUCGCACGUCCAGGCCGCCGUGCGCUGCGGGCGCCGUCACGCCGUGCGCCUCCGCGUGCGCAGCGGCGGGCACGACUGCGAGGGCCUCUCGUACCGGUCGUGUAGCCCCAACAGCGAGGCAUUCGCGGUGAUCGACCUCGCCAAUCUCCAUGCCGUCCGCGUCAACCCACAAGAGGCCACCGCGUGGGUCGACUCCGGGGCGGGGAUCGGGGAGCUCUACUACCACGUCGCCAUGGCGGCGCCUGGGCUGGGCUUCACGGCUAGCGUGUGCCCGACCGUCGGCGUGGGUGGCAUCUUCAGCGGCGGCGGCAUAGGCCUGAUGAUGCGCAAACACGGUCUCUCAGCCGACAACGUGGUGGACGCCACCAUGGUCGAUGCCGAAGGGAACCUCCUGGCGAGCAAGAAGGCCAUGGGGGAUGACCUUUUCUGGGCUAUCCGCGGCGGCGGCGGCGGUAAUUUCGGCAUCGUGCUGUCGUGGAAGGUGAGGCUGCUGCCGGUCCCACCGAAGGUGACCUUCUUCAGAGUCACCAAGACCAUGGACCAGGGAGCGGUGGACGCGGUGACCAAAUGGCAAACGGUCGCGCCGGCGCUUCCCGACGACCUCAGCGUACGUGUCGUCGUGCAAAACCGUCAGGCCAACUUCCAGGGCCUGUACAUUGGUAACAGCAGCACGGUGGUGGCGACGAUGGCGAGCCGGUUCCCGGAGCUCGGGGUGACGGGCGCCGACUGCAAGGAGAUGAGCUGGGUCCAGUACACGGCGUACAUAUACUUCCGCGACGCCAUCUAUAACGAGCCACUAGAGGUGCUCCUCCUCAACCGGUCCAUGACCCUAGGCCCCUUCUUCAAGAACAAGUCGGAUUACGUCAAGAAACCCCUGACCAAGGAGACGUUGGAGAAGAUGUUCCUCUGGCCCAGCGGUGUGGCGACGGGGCAGCUCGUCCUGGAGCCGCACGGCGGAAGAAUGGGCGGCAUCGCCGCCGACGACACCCCGUUCCCGCACCGGAGCAGCGUGCUCUACAACAUCCAGUACGUCGAGUUCUGGAACGGCGAAGGGACCGGAGGCGAGGUUACGCCGAACUGGGUCGGGAGCCUGUACGACUUCAUGGCGCCGUUCGUGAGCAAGAACCCGAGGGGCGCGUACGUGAAUUACCGGGACCUUGACAUUGGUACGAACAAGGUGGUCGACGGCGCGACGAGCUAUGAAAGUGCCAAGGUGUGGGGCGAAAGUUAUUUCGGCCAGGAAAACUUUAGGAGACUAGCGAAGAUAAAGCGCAAGGUGGACGCCGACGACUACUUCCGGAGUGAGCAGAGCAUCCCACCACUUCCCUUGAAGCAGUAGUGUAGCUGUGCAAAACAAAACAAUCGUAUUUGACAAAAUUGUACUCCCCUGUGUCUG